CAAACGCGCGUGUGACGUUUCUAGCUAAUAUAAUCUCCAUGAAAAAAAGAGCACGGACUUAUCCAUAAAUCCUGGCGGCAGGGAGAAUAACAGUGAACACAAUCGAAAGCAUUGCAUACUUUGGCCACAUUGGUCUCGGCUAUAGAUGUUCCACAACAUUUGAAGUCACCUGACUGUUUAGCUGUAACAAAGAUUGCCGGAUGAUCAGUGAUAUGUGUUUUUUAUUGACAGACACACAUGGAAGAAUCAACAAUAUCACAUUGGUGAAGAAAAUCUAAGAAAGACAAAGGGCAUGGAUUUACCGCCACAUAAUACUGACGAUAGUCAGGGGGUCGAACUUCAGCACGUCAAUGUGGUAACCACAGAGUGUCGGGAGAACUUGGCGUUUUCAAUUGAGUCUGAAGGACAAGGGCCUCCUCCAUAUAGCAACAAAAACAAAACACCUCCAGGACAUGACCCAAAACGUCGCGCUGAUUGGAAAAAUGGCGGUGUUAAUGGUCACGUUACUACAAUAAAUGUACCGCCCAUAUCUACACAAGACGCAGAGGGUGGAGGGUUGUCUCCCCCUGAUACAGGUGGGGGAAGAAGACGUCACCGCAGUGAAGGGGCACUCAACACACUCACUGUCACUAACAGUUCAGCUUCACCGAAGUCCAACAAUCUACUGGAUCCUAACUAUCGCAAAAAUUCCAUGUACGAAAGUCGCAGCACGAUCAGUGGCGUAAAGUUUGAUGACUCAUUUAUUGAAGAAAACAAGAGUUUUGACUACGGCUCUGAUUCCGAUGGCGAUGAGAAUGGCCUGACCUUGAUGUACUCACGACAUGAGAAACUGCCCCUGAAGGACUUCUCUCUAGAAAUCCGGGCUGCCAUGGACAUCCAGCGUUUCCUCAACAAAACUGUGCUUCUCCUGGAUCUCAACAAAAUCAGUUUGGAUGAAAUCAUUGAUGAAAUUCUUCAUAAGAUGUUAGAUGGUACAGAGGGUGAGGUCAGCUUUGACCAGGCUCGGUCAGCCCUGUUUACACAUGACUACGUACACAUGCUGAGUCGGACAUUACAAUGUACCAGUAUAUCAGAGGGCGGAGGGUUCGACUAUGACCAGAAUUGGAUCUGUGCCAUGGCGAGUGUUCCAUCCAUUCUGACCCGUCAUGUGGGUAUCGCACGACUCCGUACAGCUGCUAAUCUCGGCACCAGUAGUCAGGAGGUGUACUUUGUCAUAGUGGUGCUCACCCCUACAAAGGAGAAAGGAACAAAGAAUGAGGUGGAGACUGGUCGAACAUUCGCCACCAUUUUCUCUGAUCUUGACUUCCGUUUGAAUCUACUCGCGGCCUCCACUGAAGAUGAGUUUAAGUCCAUUCUGGAGCAGCACACCAAGGAACUAGCUGAUCGGCAGAUGAGCCUGACCAACAAAGUACCGGUGUACGACACGGAUAGUAACAAGGGAGGUUGUAAAUGUGGUCUUUUCAAGGGUAUACGAGAAGAUCUGCGCCGACGACUUCCACACUACUUCUCAGACUACAAAGACGGUAUCUUUGGACCAAAGACAAUACAGAAAACCUUAUCUACAACACUUUUUCUCUACUUCGCUUGUCUUAUGCCAUCCAUCGCCUUCGGGGUGCUCAACUCAGAAAACACAGAGAAUGUGCUAACCGUAGAGAAGGUGCUGUACUCCCAGACGUUUGGAGGACUGAUAUUUGCUCUGUUUGGAGGGACACCCCUGAUUGUCCUAUUGACCACAGCUCCCCUGGCUCUCUACACAAAGAUCAUCCACAGUAUCUGUAAAGAGUUCAGUCUAGAUUUCCGGGCCAUGUACGCCUGUGUUGGUCUUUGGAACAGCUUCUUCCUCUUCCUGUAUGCUGCAUUUGAUCUCAGUGUCCUCAUGCAGUGGUCAUCCAGGUCAUCGGAGGAAAUCUUUGCCCUGUUCAUUGCUAUAGCUUUCUGUGUGGAUGCCUUUAAAAAUACAGCAAAAAAUUUCGAGGAUCAUUACAACAUUCCAAGGUGUGGUAGUGUAUCCAGCCCUGGGUUGGUUGCCGUCAGUAAUGUGACAGCAAAUGUGUCUACCAACAUAUCCGAGACAGUGGUACAGUCCUCUAAUGGUUGUGAGCGAGAUGUCAGCCUGCUGUACCUUCUCCUCUUACUAGGGACUCUCUGGGUUGGAGUGAUGCUCUACAACUUUACUAAGACGCCUUACCUAAACGCAGGCAAGAGAGAAUUGCUGGCUGAUUACGCUCUACCCGUAUCUGUGGUCGUCAUGAGUCUUAUUGGUGCUUUGGCUUUUAAGGACGUCGACCUUGGUAAAAGUUUUGAUGGACUGGGCAACGGAUUCUCCAUCUUCAGUCUUGUCCCUUUCCAUACGCUCUCCUGGGGCGCUGUGCUGGGUGCCAUGGGGCUUGGCUUCUGUUUGUCCCUCCUUUUUUUCAUGGACCAAAAUAUAUCGGCCGCAUUGGUGAAUGCUCCACAGAACAAGAUGAAGAAGGGUACAGCCUAUCACUGGGAUCUAGUCGUGGUAGGACUCAUCAAUCUGUUACACAGCCUCGUGGCGUUUCCCUGGGUACACGCUGCCCUCCCACACUCCCCUCUACAUGUCCGCGCUCUGGCUGAUGUAGAGGAACGUGUCGACCAGGGACAUAUAUACCAGAUAAUAGUCAAGGUGCGAGAGACCAGGCUGACGGCCAUUUUGUCCCAUAUCCUCAUCGGCCUGUCACUGCUUAUCCUGGAUGUACUUGCCUAUAUCCCCACUCCUGUUCUGUACGGCCUCUUCCUCUAUGUGGGAGUUACCUCCCUCGACGGGAACCAGAUGUUUGAGAGGAUCAUGCUACUGUUUACAGAACAAUCGGCUUACCCCCCGAACCAUUACAUCCGCCGUGUCCCACAGAGGAAGAUGCACUUGUUCACCAUGCUUCAGCUUCUCCAGCUCAUUGUCCUCUGUGGAUUUGGCUUUGCACCAUAUCCUUACCUCAAGAUGUUUUUCCCUGUUCUCAUCUUCCUCCUCAUUCCUCUUCGACAUAAAGUAAUUCCUCACAUCAUUGAAGAUAGAUACAUGAAGGCUAUGGAUAGCCACUAAGUCUACAGCAAUGCAAUCAAGGUCAAACAAAAUGAGGCUGGAAUGGGGCAUUACAGCUAGAGGAGUACUGUGGCAUUUUGUAGAGUGAACGGAGCAGCACGGACAGGGGUUGUGUAUGUGGUAGAGUGAACGGAGCAGCACGGACACGGGUUGUGUAUGUGGUAUUGUGUUCUGUAGACAGUGACAACGGAGCAGCACCGACAUGGGUUGUGUAUGUGGUAUUGUGUUCUGUAGACAGUGACGUACAGGACAUAUGUUAGGUGUGUUUUGUAAAGAGGUGAAAAUAAUUUUAGUUUCACAAAACACUGAAAAGGUUUAACCUGCUGAGAUUAAAGACCUGUUCUCUAGUUUUAAUGACAUAUUGGCAAAUAUUUGUGUAUAUAAAUGUUUUCUGUAUGACCCUUCUGUAUAUAUAUAUAUACAUUUAUACGUCUUAUAUACCAUGAUGUUGGUUGAUGUGUUUUAGGAUCAGACUAGUAUCGUAGUUACAAUGAUGUUGGUUAAUAUGUUUAGGACUGGUAUCAUACUAACUUAUCUGGUUGUAUAUCAUGAUAAUUUUAAAGUCAAAAUGUUUGUUACAUUGUUGUAAAAUAAGUCAAUUUGCAGCAGCCAUGUGUAUGAUAAGGUGCUACAAUGUAUUUUACAUCUGUUAUAUUGGUGUCAAGGUGUGUGGAGGUGUGUGGAGGUGUGUGUUUUAUACAAAUACCAUUUACUGGACAUCCCUUAUCCUGCAUGAUGACUAUUAAAUUUAUAGGUAGUUAUGAUAAUUGACGAAUGUUACUCCUGCAUGUGUCACCUGCUAAGUAAUACAAUACACAUUGUGUACCUAUACAUUAAUGUAACAAUGUUUCGUAGAGGUUUUAACUUCUCUGAAGCUGUAUUUGCUUGUCUCUCUGUUUGUAUGAAUAAUAUGUCUCUAUGUUUUUUUAAAACCCUGCUGUUAUACUUAAAAUGUCUGUACUCUAGAAUUGAUCAAACAACUUAAGUUUUAUUCAUGAACAUGUGUUUUUAGUUUUCAUCCAGUUAUUUUUGUGCAAGUUAUGCACUUUUUAAAAAUCCUCAGCCAAAUAAUGAUCUGUCAAUUAUAAGAUUAUCUGAUGUGUGUUUAGAACAAAUACUCAUAAAUAUUUAAACCAAAUUCUAGGAAAUUAUUUUUUUAGGUUACUUAGGACAUCGUUCAAUGUAUAUUUGUAUCCGAGCUGAUUAUAAAUACAUCUGCUAUAUAUAUCGGGCUUGUAGUUGACAGGGUCGAGUUGGUGUUGACGCUGUACUUCAAUUGUAUUCUAGGGCUGAACACACUAGUCUGAUCUAGAUUCUCAGUGUAGAUAUUAUACUGUGGUAUAUACAUGUAUUACAGUGACUGUGAUAAGAAUAUGUAUAAAAAGUACACAAACUUCCUGUUGAUGUUGUCUAAACAGAAUAAAAGUUUAUUUCUAAAUAGUUCUACAAGAAUUUUUACAGGACAGCAGGUGUCAUCUGGUGACAAGUUGGGUUUUACAAAAGUGAAUGCUCCGUAAUAUAUAUCUGAGAACGUGUCAAUAGAUAUAAUGCUGAUAUCAAUCAAAGUCUAGAUUUGGUUUAAGUGAUGCAGUUUUAUGUAGCAGUAGUUGUUUAAUGAUCAGAUCACAACAACUUGCUGUACUAGACUUAAACAAUUAUGUUAUGUUAUUACGGUUGGAGGACACAUCGAUUUCUGAUGAAUACUCUAUAGCAACAAGUCUUACAUGUACAUGUGUUAUUGGGCAAUACUCUGUUGUGAUGUAUCCACGAGUCAAAUAAUAUGUACUUGUGUAUCUUGACAAUACUCUAUUGUAAUGUAUCGACGAGUCAUAGAUGUACUUGUGUAUCUUGGCAAUACUCUAUUAUGAUACAUUCCUUUCAUGGAUUAGAGAAGCUUCUGUAAACAUUUGAGUCAUGUUUGCUAAAAAAAUUAUUUUUUUUUAUGUUUGCUUAAAACUUUGUGGCAAAUUUGCAUUAAAUGUCUGCCACAAGUUUGCAACGAUCUUAGACUAUGUUUGUCAAUUAGUUUACUGGCAGCCUUCAUGGCAACAGUCUGGCAAGCAGUUUGUCAGCAACUUUACCACAAAUAGUUGUUGGGAAUUGAGUUACGUUUUGUAAGCACAACAGUUUUCUGGUAGGAGUUUAAUGCUUUGUUGAUAUUUUGACAACCAGUGUCCAUAUUAGUUUAGUAUGUAAUGUUUCUACAAAAUUAAUGUGACAAUAAUUUGUACAAAGUACAGAGUUUAUGUCAAAAAUGACAUUUCUACAAUGUUGCUACUAGCAGUAAACCUUACACAAACACCUAUCAGUUUCUGGCUUACAGGUUUGUUUGUAGCAAACUUGCUAAAACCUUUUCAUUUCUGUAAGGAUUGGAGUGAGGCUGAACACAAAAUCUACCAGGUGUUAUCUCACACUCUCACAAUAUUUAGAUAUACUGCUUUUAUCUCACACUCUCACAAUAUUUAGAUAUACUGCUUUUCACCAGAAAUGGAAACUCUCACAAUAUUAAGAUAUACUGCUUUUCACCAGAAAUGGUUACUUGACAAUUGAACUUUUAUUGAAAUCCGAGACUUUGAUACUGUAGAUAUCUGUAGAUAUAAGUAUUUGUUGCUGUUGUUUUGUGUAAGAUUUUAUUUUAUUGGUGUUUGAACUUGAUCAACUAGAUUUAAUUUGAUUUUAUAUAUUUAGAAAUGUGUAUUGAUGUUUUCUCCAGAAACGCAUGUUCUGAUUUGCAAUUGUUUGUCAUUGGUGAUUUGUCAUAUUCAGGAAAACUUACUACAUAGAACAUUUGAUUAUGGCGCCCCAAGUCAAACAUCUGAUUAUAAUACUGUGGUUUAAUUAGGAUAAGACGUUUAUCACAAUCAAGGAUACUGAUAAUUUAUAAUAUGGUUAUGAAAGUUUUUAAUUUGAUAAUACUAAGAGCUUUAAAGUUGAUCACUAUUUUAAACCACUCUCUGCAGUCUGUUUUAUUACCUAUUAUAUAUGUCCGUUUAUAACUGUUCCAUGUGCUUUCACUACUAUGUGUAGCCCUUUGAUCCCGUUUCUAGUCUGAUUCGUGUUUAUGCUUGGUCCAAGUGAUAUCUUUAUGGGGUCUGGUUUCUGUCCCUCAUGAUGCUUGUCAUACUGCCUACAAACAACCUCAGAAGAAAUAGUCAUUGUUAUCACCAAGUAAAAGUUGGUGACGUACACUAAUUAUAUACCAUUCUUGUAUUCCUUACUGGCACUUUUUAUUUUGUUUAAACUGUCCGCCAUGACAGCCAUCGUGAAAAAUGCAUUUUAAACUUUUUCUCCAGAUCCACUUGUACUAUUGAGCAGGAAAUUGGUGAGAAUGUUAAGAAAAGUGAGCCAACAAAGUGUUGUUAUUUGUUAGGCCCGGUAAAAACAUGGCGUCCAUUUUGUAAUAUAAUUCGUCAAUCAUGGUUUUUCAGAACAAAACAUAUUUCAAACUUCUUAAGUUCCACAAGUGGGAUUCAGCUCUUAUUUGUCUGAAAUUAUCCUGACCAAGUGUUGUUAUUUUUCGUUUCGGUCCAAAAUCAAAGAUGGACGCCAUUGCCAACAGUGCCACUAUACUUGCUACUGAGUAUGUAUGCUACAAUAGUACAAGUGUCUUUAGAGUCAUAUGACCGUUAAGGCCCAAUGGGCCUCUUGUUUUACAUAAGUCUGCUUUAGAAAUCUUUAAAACUGCACUUAUUGUAACAUUUUAUCACCCUGUUCAGACUAAUCAUUAAUCAGAAUCUUUAUUGUUUUGUACAACGCUUCAGCAUAUACGGUAAUCUGUGCUAAAUGUUCACAUUGCUUAUUUCUGCAGCGCUAUUUAAAUUUUUCGUGGAAAAUAGUUUAAGUUGGGCCUGUAGCUAUGGAACAUAUCACCAACAGUUUGUAUAUACUAAUAUAUUAAGUUUAAGAAGACAUAUCAUAUAUAUUCAGAUUAUGUUUGAUAUUCAGUCCAAACUAAACAAAGUACAACAGAAACAACUUUUAUUGUUAAACAUAUAAAAAUAUUAAUACAUGUCCUCGGCAUACAACACAUUUUUGUACUGUUACCCUACAAUUAGAAUGUGUGUUGUUAUAGAUGUAAAUAAACAUGUAAUCUAAUGAGGUACACUUGUACAUUUUGUAUAUAUACGAUUGUUGAUAUACAUGUUAUGUUAUAGACAGAAGAGCUGUCUUGCUUAUUAUGAUUCUAGAUAAAAAAAAAAAAAACACUUUUUCCUGAUUUUGGCAAUAACUG